AUGGUUCAAAAGUCAUCCUACAAGAACUUUGUCACUCAUUGGAAGCUGGACACAAAGAAGCCAGCAGCGUCAUCUCCAGGAGGAAACAAAGCACCUCCUCCUUCCUCUCAAACAUCAUCAUCUGGAUCCAUUCCAAUUCCAAAUGGAUCUCCCCAACUACAUCAACAACAACAACAAGCUCAACAACAAAAUCACCAAGUACCAACAACUACAAAGAAUACAUCUUCAUCAACUACAUCAGCCAGGAAACAUUCUUUGUCUUCAACACCAAGUCCAACAACAGGUUACCCAACUGCAUUCAAGUCCCCGUCAUCACCAUCAACUUUCCAACCAAUCCACUCACCUGGAAUGUUAUCGGACAUUGAUCAAAUGCGUAGUGAUGAUCUCUCACCAUACCAAUUCGUUCCAGGCAGGAGGAAGCAGAGUCUGGGCGACGACAUGGCCGUGCCCAAGAAGUUUCAUCCAUAUCCCAAGCUCUCUCUUCUGGAGAGCAUUUGUAACAAUAGCGAAUUCAAUGAUGAUCACAACAACGGAAACAACAACAAUCAUCAUCAUCCUCACUCUUCAUCCUAUGAUCUACCUUUCGCCAGUCAUUCGCGCCAUCCUGCAGCAAAUGAGGGUGGCGGCGGAGGCAGCAGACUAUCAAUGCGCAGAGUCUCCCUGCCAAACAUAACAAACAGACCAACAUACUCGCCAGAGAGAUCCCUUUCACCAAUCAAUGAGAGGUCAUUGCAAACAGACUCCCUUUAUCAUCAUCUUUUCGCCAACAAUGCCAACCAAAGUGGAAGUAAUAGUAAUGCCAACAACAACAAUAGUAACAGGUAUAGCAUCAACAGUCCAAGCAUCAAUGCUGAACGAUUGAUCGUUCCCAACGAGUCCAGACUGAGUUCAUUAUAUGAAGCAUCCUUGUUGACCACUUCACCUCCAUCGGAUGGAGUCCUCUCAAAUGCCCAUGUCCAUGACAAGAAGACACUGCAAACAAUUUCAAGAGCAUCACCAGACUACCCUUUACCACAACAACAUAACUACAACAACUCUAACAACAACUCAAACAAUUUACCAUCGAUAUACUCUAUAUUGAAUGAUGUCAAAGAGGUAUCUCUUGAGGAUGACCACAAGUAUAGUCGCGACAACAACAACAAACAUAAUGGCAGUGCUGAAGACAUGUCGAAUGGAAUCACCAGACGAUCAAUGGAGCGCUCAUAUCCAUCUCGAUCACCAUCCUCCUCUCCAAUGUCCGUGUCCACUUCCACCAACAGUAUUCCCUCUAGUACCAAGAUGUCAGUCAUCAACCUUUUGGACGAAUAA